AUGGGCUGGUUACCCGGAGGAAACGCCACCACCCCGCGCGACACAUUCCAUCAGCUCUCCCCUUCCGCCAAACCCUCCGCCCACUCCGCUUCCGCGCACGUCAUCUCCUCCUUCCGCUGCACGCUCCCCGCCAUCGUGCUCGGCGCGCUUCUCUUCGGCAAUCUCCUCCUUUUCUCCGCCAACCCCCGCCUCUGGCCCGCCUGUCCGCCCGACCGCGACGCCGUUGACGCGCUCGUGCUUGCGGGGCUUCAGCCGCGCGGCGCCAGCGGGGGGGGGGGGGGGGGGGGGGCUACAGGCGGUAGGGCGCUACAGCCGUCCGUGUCGUUGGUAGUGGAACGGCCGGCAAAUGACGCGGGCGCUGCCGGCGGCGAGAGCGGCGCGGCGGGGGAAGCGACGGAAUGGUGGCGGAAAAAAGACAGCGCGUAUAGUCCGACUGGCGGAAAAGGUGGCGGCGGUACUCCCCCCCUGGCGUACGGCAUUCUCAGCGCGAAAAACGACAGCGCGCGCGCCGCGCGCCUCUUACUCGCCAUCUACCACCCGUUGAACCACUACGCGGCCCGCGUGGAUAUUGACGACCCGGAGGAAACUCUCGCGCUAAAGACAAAGAUCGCCGCCCACCCCGCGCUCUCGAGGCGCGCGAAUAUUGUCGUGAUUCCGGACCCCGAAGUAGUCACGUACCAGGGGUCGACGCUGCUGUCCGCGACGCUGCGCCUCGCGCAUGUGCAUAUAGCGAGCGGCGUGCAGUGGGACUGGUUUAUCAACCUGAGCGCCGCGGACUACCCGUUAAUGUCACAAGAUGACGCCCUCUCCCGCCCCCUGCUCCAUAUCUCACCCCCUCAUCCUCCUCACCCCCCUCACCCCACUCACCGCACUCACCCCCCCCAACCCCCCUCACCCCCCUCACCCCCCUCACUCCGCAACCCCCUCACCUCUCCAUCCCCACCCAACUCACUUUCACUCUCCUCACCCCGCUCAAACCCCCUCAUUCCCCUCACCCUCCUCACGAUCUCCCACCUCACUCUCACUCCCUCCUCUCCAGACAUGCUCUAUUUGUUUCCGCUCCUCCUCAUCCCUUCCGCAUGUGCGCAGACAUGCUCUAUCUCUUCUCGCACGUGGAUCGCAGCCUCUCUUUCAUGGACACAGCGUCGAGCACCGAUUCGAGUGAGUCGCCGCCUGGCCUCGUACGACUACCGGCAGCGUGCAGUGAACCUGGACAGGGAGCUCUUCCUUCCCCAACCCCCCACCCUCCCCACACUCUCCCCCCAUCCCUACCCCUUAAACUUUCUGCUCGCUUGCUACCGCGCAGUGAAGCAGGACAGGGCGCACAGAGAGCACACGCUCCCCAUACUCCUUCCCCCUCUUCCUCACAACUCCCCCCUCACCCCCCUCCUUCCUCCCCCCGCCCCCCCCACUCUCAUCCCCCACCCGUACCCAUUCUCUGCUCUGCUUUCCAGCUACCGGCAGCGUGCAGUGAAUCUGGACAGAGCGUUGUUCCAGGCGCACAGAGGGCACAAGCUCUUCUACUCAUUGCGCAAUCCCCCCUCUUUCCUUCCCCCUUAUGUCCCCUCCCCCACCAGCUACCGCCAGCGUGCAGUGAAUCUGGACAGAGCGCUGUUCCAGGCGCACAGAGGGCACAAGCUCAUGUGGGACGUGCGGCCUGCUGCCACUCGCUUCCACGUCUUCAUGGUCGGAUCCGCGUAUUCCCCCUCCUUCCCCAUUCACACCUCAACACUGCGCAGCCUGCAAUUGGAUCAAGGCGUCCUGCGCCCCUCACAGGCAGCCAUGAGCGCCCUGACAGUCAAUCUGUCCUCUCGCCUGGCCCCCAUUGCUUCUUAUUGGCUUGUCAUCCCCCUCCCCUCCCCUUCCCUCCCCUCCCCUCCCCUCCCCUCCCCUCCACUCCACUCCGCUCCCCUCCACUCCACUCCCCUCCUCUCCCCUCCCCUUCCCUCCCCACAUUCCGCACUGCAGGCUGCAACUGAUGGCCCGCCCCCUCUUCCCAUCCUCCCCCAUUCCGUCUGCUUCGUGUUGACUUGCCAUCUCUUCCACGCCCCUUUCACUUUCCUCCUGCUGCAACUGGAUCAAGGCAUCGUGUCCCUUUUUGCGCUACGUCCUAUGGGAGCCCGCCACUUGAACCCCCCCCUCCUCCCACAGAAGCCCACCACUCGUCCCUCAUCCACUAAUUCCUAUGGAAGCCCACCGCUUAAAUCCUCCUCGUCACCUUCCACCCCACUCACACCUCUCCAGGCUGCAACUGGAUCAAGGCGUCUCGUCCCUUCCUGCGAUACGUCCUAUGGGAGCCCUUCCUCCCCUCUCUACGGGAGUUCACCACCGGCACCCUACAUGCCAUGUCCCAUUCCCCCUCGCCCUCCCCACCGCACGCGCUCCAGGUUGCAACUGGAUCAAGGCGUCGCGCCCCUUCCUGCGAGACGUUUUAUGGUAGCCCACCAGCUGAACUCUCGGCUGUACCUUUCACCCCUUCACUCUGUCGCGUAA